AUGGGAAGUACCAGCAGCUCCACAGUGGAUGACCUACAAGCAGUUGAGAUUCACCACUGGUACAAGAAGUUUAUGAUCGAAUGUCCAUCUGGUCAGCUCACUCUGCAUGAAUUCAAGCAAUUCUUUGGUUUGCGAGGACUAAGUGGAGAUGCGAACAGCUACAUAGAGCAAAUGUUUCGGACAUUUGAUAUGAAUAAGGAUGGAUACAUAGACUUCAUGGAGUAUGUUGCAGCACUCAGUCUUGUACUUCGAGGGAAGAUUGAGCAAAAGUUGCGCUGGUAUUUCAAGCUCUAUGAUGUGGAUGGGAAUGGUUGCAUUGACAGACAUGAGUUGCUAAAUAUAAUCAAGGCAGUACGAGCAAUUAAUGGUUGUGAUCAUGACACAACAACCGAAGAGUUUACCAAUCGUGUAUUUGACAAGAUUGAUAUAAAUGGAGAUGGGGAACUGUCUCUUGAAGAGUUUGUGGAAGGAGCUCGUAAAGAUGAGGAGUUUAUGGAUCUGAUGAUGAAAAGUCUGGAUCUGACUCACAUCAUGACCAUGAUUAACAACCGUAGGCACAGUGUCUGA